AUGGACACGGAAGACAAAAAGGCGUUAUCCCAAAAAGAGCAACGAAUUAUUACUCUCUUACUAAAUGAGCAAUUUGGCUUGCGUUCAAACAUUCCAUGUGCUGAAGUGUUAGAAGAAGAAGAGCUGAUAUAUGAUUCUUUAGCAAAGGGUGACCAAGUCGUCAGCAAAAUGGAUAAGACAAUUGGUUCGAUGGCUUCUCUCUUUUCUGGUGCCCACACAACCAUCGACGGACUUAACCAAAAACUCGAAGACGCAACGAAUAACAAAGUGGACAAUACAAUCGACCAGCUUAAGAAGGAGAAGAACAUGUUUCAAAACACACUUAACCUGAUCACUGAAGUCGAUGUCACUCUUAAACUCUUGUCAGGCAUAGCUCCACGUCUAGAUAAAAUUGAUAGUUUUAGUACGUGCACAGACGUUUUAAACGAUUGCAUCAGAAUCUCGAAAUUCAUGACUGACCGUCAAUCGUAUAAAUUGUAUUCCACGCAUGAGUCUGAGAUCAGGAAUAACCUCCAAAAUGCGUUUGAUAGAAGUGUGUUGUACUUCAAAGAAGUGUUUGAAGAGAUUUCGAGAUAUGAGGAGUUAUCCAAGAUUCUUCUUAAAGAGUCUUACGUCGACCAGACCAAACUAAAGUUAUUAAAAAAGGCGAUGCCAUUGAUCUUUGAGGCUGGCACGUUAUUAAAGGCGAAUGCGAAAGAUGUGUUUUCAGCGAUCUAUGAGAAUAGAAAUGCGUAUUUAAUUUCAGUAGUCCAAGCAAUAGAGUUACCUCAACUAAUAGAAAAGACCGAAAUAGUCGAAUACACUGUGGGGUAUACCAAUGGCAAAAAUCAGUUUAUUACGACGAUGAAAUAUAUACUUUCCCUCUUCCAGAAUGAACGGAUCUUUCAACAAGACAUCCUUCAAAACGACUUUGACCAAUUCUUUAGUGCGUCGACGUUAGACUCAUUCAAACUCUUUAAAGACUUAUACGUCACCUUUGCGAAUAAAUUGAAGCUACUUGAUACCCCAUUCUGCGUGUUUCCUAUACUCGAUGUGCUGGAGGUGUACCAAGACACUAAACAAGACUUCAUUAAUGCUUUACGAGUCAAUGAAGAUCCUAAAAAGCAGAAUAAAGGGUUUAUUACAUUAGAAAAGGGGAUCAAUGUCUUGACAUCGACGUUUACGUUUGGUGCGGAGAAGAAGGAAGAAGAGGAAGACGACUUGUUUGUUGAGAACACGACGGAGGACAAACGGGACUCGCAGACGAAACAAGUUGAUUCGUUGUUUGAUACGAUCUUUUAUGAUGUGAAAGAGCAGUUUUUAAAGUUCCGUGAUGAAGUGUUAGUUGACUCGACGUUGAACAAAAUCUUCUCGUGGACGGAAAGUAAUAUUCCGAUUGAUGGGACUGUCAGUCAACUUGCUGCGGAUACGAUGCACUACUUAUCGAAGCUUGAAAAGUUUUUGCCGCAUUUGAUAGAGUAUAUGGUACGAAUCUAUAAAGAAGCUCAAGUUAAUACUGCACAAGAACCGACUUCUGGAGCUUCAGAAACAGUAGUUGGGAUGUAUGUACACACGUGUAUUGAUAAUUUAUGUAAAAUGGUAGUUGCGAGAGGAGAGAAAGAAAAGACCCGACUUGGGAUGUUAUUUAUUAUGAACAACUACGCAUUUAUUAUGAACGUCUGUAAGUUGGACGGGUUUGAGAAAUUGCUUGGGAAGUCAACACAAGACACCGUCGAGAAGGCACUGUCGGGGACGAAAGAACAUUACCUUUACGCGUAUAAGAACACGUUGAAAAUGAUCACAGACAACUUACUGUCGAGACCCGGGAAGUCAAAAGAUAUAAAAAAGGCGUUUGAGACGUUUAAUAAAGACUUCCAAGCGUUACAUACUGUCUCUUCAACAUAUUCAGUCUAUAACGACGAAUUGAAAGAAGACUUGAGACAAGUCCUUGUCGAGUGUAUACAAACCCCUUAUGCAGAGUUCUAUGCCAAUUACGUCAAUAACAAAUUCACACAAAACCCUUCAAAAUACUUUUUAUAUACGGAGAAGAGCGUGGCAGACUGUAUUAACUCGAUGUUCACUGCACACGGAGAAAUCGAGAAAGACUCGCUGGAUAUCACAGAACAUAUCCCGGACUUCUUGAAAAGCUUACCACACUUCAUGCCUAAGAUCACAACACUCUCUAGCUUGGCGACUCCACUCCAGAACAUGCCACAGAGACUUAAAAAUAUAUCAAAUAAGCCAGUCACAUUCUUGAAAGCUGCUCCUAAUAUGUUCAAGAGUCCACUGAAGACAUCAAAGAAGCUGAUUAAGUCGAUCAAUCCAUUCUAA